AUGAAUAAUCUGUCAUUUACGAAAAGUAACAACCUCAACUCUUCUUUUUCAAUGCUGCCUUUGGCAAAUCCACUGCUAAAGCAUAAGGUUUAUCAAAAUAUACUUAACGAAAGGGCAAACCUGUCUACACAACCAAGUCAAUUUUCAAUGUCUAGCAAAAUAAAGACAAGAAAACUGAAGCCGAUCAUGAACGUCGAGCCAGAGCUCGCAGCAAAGGUAGUAAAAUCGUAUUUACUCCCUAUGUUCGAGUGCAGAACAAGAUCAACUUUAAAGAAACACUUAUAUGGCAAGUCACUUGAUAUGUCAAGAUCACAUGCUGACAUCUUAGAUAGCAGAGAAACAAGUGCUGAAACGAGUGUCUAUGCGGAACUGAAACUCUCAGAAAAACUUAUGAGUGAGAUUGAAAAAUUAAAAAUCGAGCUCGAGGACUCCACAAGGAAAAUGAAGGAUUCAGAGCAGGCAAAAAUUACUUCUGAGUCAGAGUUAUGUGUUUUAAAAUCAAAAUAUGAAGAUCUAGAAACUAAUUUUGAGCUUUUGAAAUUCCAAUUUGACCAUAUCAGCAAAAUGCUGUGGUGAGCAAACCUGCCCUAUUAACACCUGAGUCGUAGAUUCAUUGGGAAAGCCAGUAAACUUGUUGAAGAGAUGACUCCAUUCGGAUAUGUGCAUUCGGCCAGGUUUUAUUUGGUUUGGCGGAGCGCAAUUCGGGGUUGUCACCGCAUGCCUCGUGGGGAGAUGGCUCUCUGAAAUUUAAAAGGGUAAGCCCAACAAGGCCAGAAGUGAUCACUUGAUCAAUUAGGGAAAUACUCAGCGCGAUAAUGGGUGUUGCUUUCUGGAGACGGUUCCAUAUUGAUCGACAGAUGACCAGAAUUUCUUUUUCUUAUUUUCUGGAAGGUGGCGCACGGCAUUGUAACCCAACGUCUCUGACUCUCUGGUAGCGGAAUUAAAAUAUGGCGUCUUCGUCUGGGCAUGGCCUCUCGGCCAUGCAUACUCGACUCAUAUUUUAAUUAUAUCCGGCAAGGUUUUGCAUUUCAGAAACGGACGGCAAUGCUAGGUAAGCAAUUCUGGUUGUGUUCAGAGCCUAGCCCAAGUCUACUUUCGGGAAUGUUUUUGCCUCAUGGGAAAGGAGGCACGCAAGUUGGAAAGGGGAAGCUCAGCCAAGUCCGUUAGGACCAAUCGGGCAACUCCCUAGCGUGAAACUGGGCGUCACGUCCCAGGCUUCGUGUUUUUCCUUUUUGCCGAAAGCCUACCAGAAAAUCCAUUUUUUAUGGAUUUUCGGAAUGGCAACCCAUGUCCUCAAGCGAAGUAGCUCAGGCAUGAGCCGCCUUAGUCGGCAACACUGCUCCGGAGGCGCGCACUGGAGAUCGAGGCUGACUGGCCCCAGACGGUCGGCGGGCCCUAUGCGGCAAAGAAGCAGCGGGAAGCUCUGGGAGGGGUCACCCGUGAAUGGCGUUAAACACAGAACCUAAUAAGUUAAGUUAAGUUGACUUUCUGGUAGCGAAUGCAAGCCCUCGCCAGUGAGAAACAACUCAGUGGAAAGCCGCGUCCGGGAAUACAACCAUGUAGUGGAGCGUUAUGUGGAGACGAAUGGCAGGACUUUCUAUAAGUAAUUCCAAUUUGACCAAAAUGUAAAACUUAGCCAAAAAUUCGAGCUGAAAAUAUUUUUUCUAAAUGAGCAAAUUGACCAAUAUAAAGCAUUGUUAACAAAUAGUGAAUCAAAAUUAGAAGAAAGUUUAGCAGAAUGCUUAAAUGAAAGAAUGGCAAAUGAUCGCCUCAAAGCAGAGUUACAAAAGAUUACACAUUUUAAUGAUCUAAUCGAAAUGCAAAAUCAAAUCAUGGGAGAUAGAUUGAAGGGUUUGCAAACUUGCAUAGAAGAUCUACUAAAAAUAAAAAAUACUGAAGAAAUCACAACUAAAGAGUACACUAGCUUUGCUGAAUGCUGUAAAAAAUUAGCAGAGCUAGAAGUCGAGCUGAUUGCAAAGUUAAAAGUCUUAACUGAUGAAAACCAAACAUUGUCAAAAGAUUUGCAAGAAAUGACUGAAAUAAAAGAUUAUAUGAAAAACGAUAGAGACAAGUUUAUAAAUCGAUUUAAAGAAAAAAUCCAACAAAUCAAAGACGAAAUGAUAAAAGAAAAGAACGAAAAAGAAAAACUGCAGUUUAAAUAUGAAGACGUCAAAAACAAUUAUGACGCUUUAACAGACCAAUUUGAUCGAAUGCGAGACAAAAUUUCCACAUUUAAGGUCAAUCGAAAUGGAGAUAUCGAAGAAAAAGUUUGUAAAAACUGUAAAAAAUUCUUUCUGGAGUCAGAAAACUUCAAUUGAUCUUGCCAAACUCAUUCAAGCCAAUACUCAGGCCAAAUGUGAUGGUGUUGUGGUAGAAAAGGAGAACUAGCCAAAGGGUGUAGAACUUCGAAGCAUAUCGCGAAAAAUGAUGAGGAAGAGAUAUUGCGUGAAGAAAGAAGACUGAGAAAGCAACAAUUUUGCACGGUGAUCAUUAUAUAGAGCUGCUCGGAGUCUGGACAUGAUGAAAAAAGCUGUCCAUAUGAUCCUAACGCGAAAACUGAUUUUGAUAUUGAGGAAGAAAAUGAAAGGCUUGAAAAUAUUAGGAUCAAAAAGAAGCAAGGAAAAUCAUUAGAUAGCGAUGUUAGUCAAAAAUUAAUGAAUAUUCUAACUGCAAAAGAUUUGCCAUUGUCAUUUGUUACAGAAACCUUAUCAUCUGAAAGAGAAGAACUUAGCAGCUCGGCUGAGGAUAGCACUGAAUUGAAUCCUCAAAGUUUAUAAUUAUAAAAUGGCUUCAGAUGAGAGGAGAAUUCACUCCGUGAAUUUCCUCUCUGCCACCUAACUUUUAUUAUUAUAGAGUUAGGCUUUUGCACGUGCACUUCUAUCUGAUAGCAAAGAAAUGGAGAAGGUUUUCUUAUUUCGAAUCCUAGCAGGCAAAGUGAUUUAGCUCUUUCUACUGCCCGAUAAGGCAGGACUCUUAGACCGAAUAACAGCCGCUGGAGGAAAGUCGGAUAGAAAGAGGCUAGAGGCUAGAAGAAGUGACCUUUGCCGAUGGGCUGUACGUACAAUCGGGGAAGUGGCUAAGGCCGAGUAAAAAGAACGUUAUCGUGCUGAGCAACUUGUAGCCCAACUAGUGGUGAGUUAAAAUAAGCCAUCUUAGUCUAAGAAUCCUCAAAGUAAAGAGAAGCCUACAUUUUUCAGGGAUUUGAUGCACAUUAAAAAAUUUUUAGGUUUUAGAUCACAACCUACUGUAAAAAUAAUUUAGAUCGAAACUGAAGAAACCCAAGAAGUAAAACGAUCAUUAAAAAGAAAUUUAAGCAAAACCAGAGGAGACUUCACUGUAUUAAUGAGAGAUUCCCCCAAAAGACGAAGAACUGCUAAUUUUACAAUAGUCGAAUCCAAUAUGGAAUAG